CUCUGACAUUUUACGUAAUAAAGUGUGUUUAUAUUUUCAGGAUCCGGAGAUAUUCAAUCAAGAAUAUAUCGAGGAGGAAGAAACGGAUGGAAUAGAAUUAAAGGAUUCUGAAACAAAUCCACUUGAAUAUUCUGACACCGAUUCCGAGGAAUUAGGCCCAGAUGACAUAUGUAGAGCAUUAUUAACACCUGAGACACAGGACGAAAAGAAGACAACAAAGAGGAAGCAAGAAGAUGGUAGCGGAGACGCUGAUGUGAACAGAGAUGCUCCCUCUUGCUCUAAAUCUAGGAAAACAGAUGAAACGGAUAACAAGGGUAAAGGUAAAAAUGGUAAUAAUUCAGGUUCGGAUGAUGAUAAAGAUGGAAAUAGAAUAAAAUUAAAGGGAAAACAAUUACGACUUAAAAGGAUGGUGAUUAGGACGGAAAUAGAGACUAGGAGAGUGCCUAGACAGGGUUCUAAUGAGAAUCGGAGAGAGUCUGGGGAGGGUUCUAAUGAGAAUAUGAGAGAAUCAGGAGAGGGUUCUAAUGAGAAUAUGAGAGAAUCUGGGGAGGGUUCUAAUGAGAAUCGGAGAGAAUCUGGGGAGGGUUCUAAUGAGAAUCGGAGAGAAUCUGGGGAGGGUUCUAAUGAGAAGGGGGAGUCUGGAGAGGGUUCAAGUGGGAAUGGGAGAGAAUCUAGAGGGGUAGAUGUUAAUUUCGGUGCAAGCACAUCUUGGGAGAGAUCGAGACAUGUGAGAGGUUUUGUAUGCGUAAGAAGAAAUCGUGCUCCAGAAGAAGUGGAUUAUCCCUUACAUAGGGCGGUUUAUGUGAACUUUGAUGCCCCACCUGAAGUUAAUGAUGAUCGUAACUUACCUUCAGUGUUUUCCGAUACAAUAACUUUUUAUAAUACCGCGGGUAGAUUGAGAACUGUGGUAUUGGUGACCGAUUCGUCUGUUAGACAGUUUGGUAGGGCUGAUGGGGAGAAUAUAACUUAUGUUAACUUUGGUCCUAAUGGUCCUGUGAGAUUUGAGGGCUCCCCCCCCCUUGGAUACAGGAUGUUCGGGAAUGACGUGUACUACAGAGUACAGAGUACUAGUAAAUAUAAAGUACAGUUGAGAAAGAGUUAA